CUGCAGCGUUUCUGCUCAGCCUCGCCAGGCGCACCACACUAUUCCUCCGCAAAGGCAUUGAUACAAUCUAUUGUCUCUCCGUGAUCUCCCAUUCUUGAUUGCUUGGAAAGCAGUCGCUCUAAUGUCGACUUCGAUCCGGAUCGAUGUCGGUCCAUAUCCAGUUUGAUCAGCCCGAGUCCAGAUGCUACACCAAUCUCGAUUUUGUCAACGGCAGAGUUAUCCUUGUCCUCCCCCUUGAUGCCGCCAUCAGCGCUGUCACCGUGAAGCUUGAGGGCGAAAGUCGCACUCGGCUGUCCGGACCUAAAUUUCCGGGGAAUGAACGCUCAGAUAAGAGAAGAUAUGAGCUCGAGGUACAUAAGCUUUUGUACAAGGUCCUCACUGUUUUUCCCACACCUGAAUUCCAGGAGAAGAGCAGCGGAGCCGCUUAUACACUCCUGGCUGGGCAAUAUGUGUAUCCUUUCAGUUUCAAGUUCCCUUUCAACACCGACUGUCAAAAGAAGAAUCCUAUGGCGAUGAAGGACCUCAAGCUCGGUCAACUGAACGUCCAAUUUGCGCCAGACAUGAACAAGCAUGUAAAGAAGACUCUGCCGCCAUCUUUGAGCGGCUUCCCAGGUGAAGCAGAAAUUAAAUAUUAUGUCAAGGCGACCGUCGUGCGGCCCAAGUUCUUUCAGGGGAACAUCCGGACGAUAUGUGACAUAAAGUUCCUCCCUAUCGAGCCUCCACGGCCACUAGAUCGGCACGAAGAGACGUUUGCCCGCCGUAAACGACAAUUUCAACCAUACCCUGGCGCUUCGCAGAAGAAAGGACUGUUCAAGAAGUCGUCGACUCCGCAGUCUGCAGAGGAAGAACCACCGGCUUUUCAAGUCGAUGCACGCCUCCCGAAUCCGGCCGUGCUCACCUGCAAUGAGCGUCUUCCACUACGUAUCCUGGUCGAGAGACUCAACGACAGCUCAGCCAGUGUAUACCUCAGUAUGUUGCAGAUUGAGUUGAUUGGUUACACCCAUGUCAGGGCGCAUGAUUUGGAGAGGAUAGAGAAUGGGAGCUGGAUCUUGAUGUCGCAAGCUAACAUGAAUAUGCCUCUGGGAAGCCCUACUGAUAAGAAUCGCAAGGAAUGGAAGUUGCCCUCUAGGUUGUGGGAUGAUUUCCCCAUACCCAACACGGUCUGUCCUUCCUUCGAAACGUGUAACAUCUCUCGUCGGUAUGAGCUCGAAGUUCGAGUCGGUAUAGCUCAUGGAGUGGCGAGUAGUAUGCGGCCGGAACUUAUCGUUCUGCCGCUGCGUCUGCCAGUGAUGGUAUACUCGGGCAUUGCACCCCCACCACAAUUACUACGAGCAAUGGCCAACAACCAACGACCCCAAGCUACAGGGUCACCUCUUUUUCCUCGACCAAACCAGAGCAAUGGAACGUCCGUGCAAUCACAGACGCCGACAGACACGCCGACUACUCCACUUUCUGAGAUUCACUCGCACCCGGCCCAAGGAGUGUCCUAUAAUCAUGAUCAGCAGUCAGAUAUCCCCGAUGAAGCUCCACCAAGCUAUGAGGAUGCGAUGGCAGAUGAAAUAGCACCUGUGGAUGGCCCGAGGCGGGAGUACCAUGUACCAUCACAGCCGGACCAGGAGCACGUUUUUAAUACCGAGAAAAGCGGACUGGGGCGAAGGGUGAGCGAAAGGCUGUUCCCAAGCAACGGGCCUUCGAGCAACAGGCCGUCUAGUCCGACCCGGACGGUGUCUAUGCCACAUGCACUGCAUGCAGAGCCCAUAAUAGAGGAUGAUGGAGAUGUUAACUCUAGUUCACCCACGAAAGCAACUUCUGGUGGGCCGUCGUCUUGGAAACGGAGCUUGACUGGGAAGAAGGAGUGAUCGGUCAGCCUUGGGCUUUGAGCGAAGCAAGCGUGGCGUUAAACUCGGAUUUACCUGCCCAUAUAAUGAAUCGGCUCGUUAAUGAAGCAAGGCAGAAAAACCCCAGGACUGUGAGCUCACGAUAUCCACCUAUUUUCCAGCAUCGACUGCAAGUCUUGAGGGACCCAAAUUUAGCCACGUGAUAUGACGUCCGACGGGUGAUGCUCAAAUACUAGUAAAGAACUU